UUUAGGUGCAACCUGCACCAUAGUUGAAGGUUUCGCGCUGGCGGUUGGCACUAUGUUGAAACUCAACUUGCGCCCUAGAGCUUUGCCAACUGUCAAAGUCGGUUCUCUUUCAAUAAAUUCGCAGAUCUUGUGUUAGUGUUAAUUCGUCGGCGAGUUCGCGUUAAUUAAUCGAUCUCAUUUGCAACAAGCAGCCCCCAACUUAAUCAAAUAACUUCCACAAAGAUGAGUUGGCAGGAUUACGUAGACAAACAACUCCUCGCUUCUAGAUGUGUCACCAAAGCCGCUAUCGCAGGACACGAUGGAAAUGUUUGGGCCAAAUCGGAAGAUUUCGAGGUGUCAAAGGAGGAGUUAGCGAAGUUAGUCCAGGGUUUUGAAAAACAAGACAUCCUCACCUCGUCCGGAGUUACGCUGGCCGGUAACAGAUAUAUAUAUCUAUCAGGAACGGACCGAGUCAUAAGGGCCAAAUUGGGCAAAGUGGGCGUCCACUGUAUGAAAACGACCCAAGCUGUGGUAGUAUCAUUAUACGAAGACCCAAUCCAGCCACAACAGGCAGCCUCUGUGGUGGAGAAAUUAGGAGAUUACCUAAUUACCUGCGGAUACUAAAGGUAUCCGAUGGUACUCUACAACAUACAUGACGUGUGGUGAAACGUUUUUUUAAACCGAAAUCAGCAUUAGUUUAUUUUGUGUUAUCUCGACAUGCUGAGGUCAUUCUUAAUAAUUUCAACUUCGGAACAAGUAAAUUUGUCUUUCUUUGGAACAUCAGUAAUCGUACGCUGCAUUGUAACCAAAUAUAUUUUGACCUAUUAUGUAUAUUUUUUUUUACUUUUCGAAAGUAUCGUCGAUAACGCUAAAUUGGCUUGAAUGAUUUAAUUUUUCACCUUGCAAUACGUGCGUUGGCUCAUAAUAACAUGUCGUGUGUAUAAGUUUUACUACUACUACUACUACAUUUUAUAUAAAUAGCUUUUUUAUAUUAUGCUCUAUAUUGCUGAGUUUACUUGAUAAGAUUUUAAUUGAAAUAUUUCUAGUCCAAGUUUCGGUUUGUUUAUAAUUUAGAAAACGGUUUUGACUGAAAAGGAAAAAACCAGCACAAAAAGCUUAGUUUUGUUUUCAAAAUCUUCGGUUUUCUCUCAUUCUUCUACCGCUAAUCGAACAGCUUUCUUCAUCCCAUUGCGAUGAACUGAAAGACGACCAUUGAGUGCCAAUAUUGGAUUAAUUUCGAUUUAUUCAAUAAUUUUCAUUUCCAUUUCUAGUAUAACACAUUGCCCCUGAACCCAAUAUAUUGAAGGUCCAUGUUGCGUGCUGCCUGUGUUCUUCGUAUCGCAUCGCAUCAAUAACAUUUUAAAUGCUCAGAAUACCAAGUAAUAAACGUUUUUCAAUUUGAUUUCGGGAAAAUUAUAGCUUUGUAAAUUUUCCACUAUAAUUUGCAAGGAAUAUUGUGUAUUUAAAAUAAACUCAAUAAAUUUGUAUUAUUA